UUUCUCCCAGCGCACCUAUACCAGAAAAGAGCACGAGGAGGACUGCGUUUCCCAGAGUGCAGCGGGGUGGCAAGGGAAGGCAGGGGGGAAGGGACAGUCGGUCGCAGACCGCGCUGGGUUGCCGCCGCUGUUGCCGCCAUCGUGCCAUCCCCUCGGGUCUCAACGAGGCCGGGUGACGCUCCAGAAUGGGAGACAAGCCAAUUUGGGAGCAGAUUGGAUCCAGCUUCAUUCAACAUUACUACCAGUUAUUUGAUAAUGACAGAACUCAACUAGGCGCAAUUUAUAUUGAUGCGUCAUGCCUUACGUGGGAAGGACAGCAAUUCCAGGGGAAAGCUGCCAUUGUGGAGAAAUUGUCUAGCCUUCCAUUCCAGAAAAUCCAGCACAGCAUCACGGCGCAGGACCAUCAGCCCACACCAGACAGCUGCAUCAUCAGCAUGGUUGUGGGCCAGCUCAAGGCCGAUGAAGACCCCAUCAUGGGGUUCCACCAGAUGUUCCUAUUAAAGAACAUCAAUGAUGCUUGGGUUUGCACCAAUGACAUGUUCAGGCUUGCCCUGCACAACUUUGGCUGACCUCCUCCCAGCCAGGCACUCAUGCUGUUUCCUCCUCCCUCCUCUUCCCAAUACUAUUCACACUCCUCCAGAUGCUCCAAAUAUCAUUCACAAAUGAGCAGGGCCGCGGUGGGCGUGGGCGCAGUGCGCUGCUGCUACCGAGGUGUUGUGCAUGAUGUUUGGACGCUAGACUAGUUGCAUCUGACAGGAGAAGUUUGUGUUGUACCAGCGCAUGCCUUGGAAAGACUUAAGUAAUGCAAAAGGUUGUCUUUUUUUUUUUUUUUUUUUUUUAAUCUACUGACAAGUUGCUCUAGUAACCCAAAGAAGUGAAGGAGAAAGCAGCUGCCUCACCGCCCAGAUAUUGAUUUGUUCAGAUGUUUCAAUGCCUCAUGAUACAAUAAAACCACGAAAAUUUUCUUAACAGUUUAAA